UUUGCAGACUCUUUUAUGGAAGCCGAGGCUGCUGUGGUAAUGCUGCCUCCCAAGAACUGCAUCCCCAGAAACUACAGUUGUAUCGCUGGGCUGUUCGGAAGCUUGACAGCAGCAGAGCACAAGCUGGAGGACGGAGAAGAAGAGAUGGAGGGAGAGGAAAGCAAGAAUGGGGACUGUGAAUCGUUAGAAACCAGCGUAGUGAAUGAAAAACCGAGAGGAAGGGAGUCAUUCCUGAAGCCCCCGCAUAGCCCGACACAGCGCCGCAGGUGCAAGUCUCUCCCCACAUCAGCUGAAAGAGCCAAAUUAGAGAUCGCACGAAGCCGGAGCCCAAGCAGUCAGAAAAAGGUACGUUUCGCUGACUCUCUGGGCCUGGACCUGAUUUCUAUCAAACACUUUGAUGACACGGAUAUGCCUGAGGUUCCAGACCGCAUUAUUAACAAAUUCAAAAAAGCCAGAGCUCUCCACUUGAAUAAUUUCGACAAGUCCAACACGUCUAGCCAGUCCGUGUUUAUGGAGCUGCUCUUCGCAAAUCCAGGAUCCCAGCCAGACUUCCUUGACAGAGUUGUUGCAGCGAAGGUUUUACUGGAGUCUGUUCAGGCUGAGGAGUGCAGCCUCGCGGGGAUCGCGCGGGUCCUUAACUUGGCUUUCGAAAAAAAGGUCUAUUUGAGGUACACCAUAAAUAACUGGACGACAUUUAUGGAUAUUCUGGCGUUUUACGUCCCCCAUUCCAGCGACGGUCAGACUGACAAGUUCAGCUUCAAAAUCAUCACCCCGACCUUUCUGGAGUUUGGAGGAACACUGCAGUUUGCCAUCAAGUACUGUGUCGGGGGAGGAGAAUUUUGGGACAGCAACAAUGGGAAUAAUUACAGAGUAAGACGACACAGAUUUAAAAUUUCUCCUCCAAGGGAAUGGGAGAACGGAUGGAUCCAUUUUAUUUAGUGCGCGCAUCAGCCGUUCCGCUAUGACGAAGCUUGCUCAUUAAUAUUAAUUAUGUGGCUUCCAUUGACUGAUUGGCUAAGUAAUAAUCGUGAGCCAAGGCUUCGCCAUAGUAGGAUUAGUAAUCUCUCCAGCAGUGUACCAUGAAGGAACUAUACUGACCUUCCAUGAAAAACGUAUGUAGCAUACCACAUAUUCGUAAAUGUAACUGUGCUUUUGUCAUUGCUUAACCAAUGGUAGAGAAUAGGAAAUUAAAUUGACGUCAGAAAGGUAACCACUAAUUGACGAAUGUAACAUUAGGCACAUUGUUCUCUGACACUGAUUGUUUAGCUGCCGUACAUGGAUGGUUAAGGAGACAAGACCCUGUCCUGCAUUCAUUAAAAUGAGCAGCGCCAUUUUAAAGGCAGAGUAAGUGAUUUCUGGUAGCCAAUGUUGAUAUUUGAAAUCACCA